AUGAUUUCGCUUAUAAAUUUCCGAUCUGCCUUGCUCUUCUAUUCAUUACUUCAGCUCAAUACUCUCAGCUCUUUUUUCUCCCUGGGUGUUAUCCUUUGUUGCAAUUCACGGACGGCUUAAAUGGAGAUCAAUCUUCUUCGGAUUUUGAUCAGUUUUCUCACUCUUGCAGUAGUGGCGGCAAGCCAUGCGGCUCUGACCCCGAAAGAUUACUGGAACUCUGUGCUGCCAAACACACCAAUGCCUAGUGCCGUCAGUGAUCUUCUACAACCUGAUCACCUGAUGGACGAGAAGCCAGUCGGGGUGACUUUCUCUCCAGGACCGCCAGCCGGGGGAAUUGAUGUUGGAAUUGGUCAACAGAGAUCAUCGCCGUUCUUAUAUACAUAUGGUUCCUCUGAGGAUCAACUCCAUGAUGACCCCAACGUAGCUCUUUUCUUCCUGGAAAAGGACAUGCAUCCUGGCAAAAGAAUGAACUUGCACUUCAUGACUCAAGACUCAAACACAGCUGCGACUUUUUUGCCUCGCCAAGUUGCCAAAUCAUUACCCUUUUCAUCCAGCAGGCUGCCGGAAAUUUUGAACAAGUUUUCACUCAAGCCCGAAUCGACGGAAGCUAACAUAAUAAAGAACACAAUUGAAGAAUGUGAAAAACCGGGCAUCGAAGGGGAGGAAAAAUACUGUGCAACAUCAUUAGAAUCGAUGGUGGACUUCAGCACUUCGAAGCUAGGGAAAGAUGUUCGAGCAAGCUCUACGGAGGUGGGAAAAGAAACCCAGAUGCAGAAAUAUUAUACUAUCGUGCCAGGAGUGAAGAAGAUGGCGGGCAACAAAGCUGUUGUUUGCCACAAGCAGAACUAUGCAUAUGCUGUCUUUUUCUGCCAUACAACACGUACUACAACGGCUUAUCUGGUGCCAUUGGUGGGCAAUGACGGGACCAAAGCUAAAGCUGUAGCCAUUUGCCACACAGACACAUCAGCAUGGAACCCAAAACAUUUGGCCUUCCAAGUGCUCAAAGUUAAGCCCGGAACUGUUCCUGUCUGCCAUUUCCUGCCAAAGGAUCACGUUGUCUGGACAUCUAAAUAGAUAAAAACUUCCCUAGGAAAGAGUCCUAAUUCAAAUAACCUUUUAAUUACCAGCACCCUUUGCUCUUUAAUGUACUCGCAUACCAGAUUGAGCGAGUGUUUAGUUACAUGUUUUAUGUAUGUACGCUGUAUACCUGUGCAUGAUGCAUCAGGAUAUAAUAUAUAUAUGCACUAAUAAAUACAUCUUGUGCCUUGAUUGGCCAUUUUCGUUCUUCUA